GCGAUUGAAGUUUAUUCUCUGUACUUGAUCUAAAAAAAGAUUCGGUAUGUUGGCAUGAUGAAUAUUAUAUUCGACACAAUUUGUAAACAACACAGAUUGAUAUUGCUAAGUCUCUCGGAAGCAAUAUAUUUUGAGGGAUAAACAAUUAGAAAUUCAGUGUAUAUCUUUUAACAUUACAUAUAAACAGUGCCAUAAUGCUGAGGACGACAACAAGCUUCAAAUGGGAGACAUGCCACAAAAAUGGGAAUGAUGAGCAAUCACAAGAUAAAACAAAACGAUUUGAAGGAAAGGAAAUAUUAAAGGUUCUGGUAUAUGAUGCUGAGAAAGGAGAAACAACAAGAUUUUUUAUUGAGGCCCUUAAAAGACAACUUGAUGUCUUUGAGUUCCAAGAUUUUCACGCUGCUAAUGACGAAGAAAAGGAUACUCUUUCUAUCAUUGCAGUUGUACGCCAUAUUUCAAUACAUAUUAUAGAUAUUAUAAAUGACGUAAAAGAACAAUUUGUAAAAGACGAUGUCCACGAUCUUGAAAGAGUGUUCGUCACUUACUUUUACGUCAAUAGAUCAGACGAAUAUUGUAUUCAAACUAUUAAACAGAUAUCCGAGUCUGGACAGUUCAACUUUGCAAAAAUAGUACCGAUGAACUUCAUCGACACGAGUCUUGUUCGCAAAUUAAGCUUUUUCGGUAAUUUCCUGAAAUCGGAUAACAAAGACUCGCUACAUGAACUAAAAGGUUGUAUACUAUCGAGGAAAGUCAGAAAGAAAGUGUGUGUCAACGUCUACGGCGCCAUGGAUUCGCUACAGAUAAAAGAUUUUAUUGCGAAAUUAAGUCAGGUCAUUUCAAGCUCAAUUUAUUUACAAGCCACGAAGCCUUUAGAAGAAAUGAUCAAUAUAACAUCGCCUACCCUGAUUUGUACAACUGGGGAUUUGGAGGAAUGCCAGGAAAAACUCAAAGAGAAAGACUUGAGGAAAUGUUUCCUUGUCCACCUUAUUGAUGUUGGAAUGAGAUCCGAGAUCUGUGUUAUGCAUGACAGCCCUUAUGACAUGGAAAAUACAUCAGUUAUUCACGAGGAACAAAAUCCCAGCUCUACGUUAUCUUCAUCCACAGUUUAG